AGAUUAGGGCAACUUAUCAUUGACAAAACCUAGAGAGAGAGAGCACGUAUCUAAAUUCGUGUACUGCGUUUUUCUCCAGAUCGCUCUCUCUCUCUCUAGAGCUAAGCUUUUUUUGCAGAAGAAAUAGACCAGAAAUCAUACCAGAGUUUUUGUCCAAUUCAAUCUUUUCGUCGAGAAAGAAGACCCAUUAUCUCAGUUUUUUUAUUUUGAAGGAUUUUGAAGAAGACAGAGAUGAGUACUGGGGACCUUCUCAACAUUCAACCUGACGAGCUUAAGUUUCCUUUUGAACUGAAGAAGCAGAUCUCAUGUUCUCUUCAAUUGUUGAAUAAGACUGAACACCAUGUAGCUUUUAAGGUGAAAACAACAAACCCAAAGAAGUACUGUGUGCGCCCCAACACUGGCAUUGUCUUGCCUAGGAGCACCUGCGAUGUUGUAGUGACAAUGCAAGCCCAGCGUGAGGCUCCUCCUGAUAUGUUAUGCAAAGACAAGUUUCUCAUUCAGAGUGUUAUUGCAAGUCCUGGUGCUACAACAAAGGAUGUCAAUCCUGAAAUGUUCAACAAAGAAAGCGGGAAUCUUGUGGAGGAAUGCAAAUUGAAGGUUCUAUAUGUCUCACCACCUAAGCCACCAUCUCCAGUGCAUGAAGGAUCCGAAGAGGGCUCUUCACCCACAGCCUCUUUAUCCGAUAAUAAUCAUCAGAGGUCAGCUUUUGAAACGCAGGUGCUAAGACACCAUGCAGAACUUAAGGACACACAUUCUGACUCAUCAUCUGUGAUAUCGAAGCUGACUGAAGAGAAGAAUUCAGCGAUUCAACAGAAUAGCUUGUUACGUCAAGAACUGGAGUUAUUGAGGAGAGAGGCGAGCAAAAGGCGUGGCGGCUUCCCAUACUUGUAUGCCUUUGUGGUUGCGCUAUUCGGCAUCCUUCUUGGAUUUCUGAUGCGGAGAUGAGAUUAAGAGGAAUGUGUUAUUGUUAAUGUUAUGUAUUGGUGUCGGCAGUCUUUGCAGGCCAGGCCAGGAUUGAUGAUUGUGCCAAGAAUGAGUAUCUGGUAUUUUUCAUCAAAUGAUGGGUUUUAUGUAUUAUUGAAGAAGUUGGCAUGAUGUUUGUGUGCAUUUAUUGCUUGUUGAGGACUGUCCUCAGUUUAUUGUUUAACUUUUGGAAUUGUUUUUAAGUCUUUUUUCCUUGGAGAUAA